AUGGCUUCUUCUUCGUCUUCUCGUCCUACUCAAGAAAAGUACGAUGUUUUUCUUAGUUUCAGAGGUGAAGACACUCGCAACGGUUUUACCAGCCACCUCAAUGCAGCUUUGGGCCAAAAAAAGAUUAUAACUUUCAUCGAUGAUGAACUUAGAAGAGGAGAUGAGAUUUCACCCUCACUUUUGAAGGCAAUUGAAGGAUCGAAGAUCUCAAUUGUCAUUUUCUCUAAAGACUAUGCUUCUUCUACAUGGUAUCUGAAAGAACUUGUGAAGAUCAUGAAUUGCAGGAAGAUACAUGGUCAGAUUGUGAUUCCAGUUUUCUGUGAUGUAAAUCCAUCAGAUGUAAGGAAGCAAAGUGGGACUUAUGGAGAUGCAUUUGCUAAGCAUGAAGUACAAUAUCAGCAGAGGAAAGAGAUGUUGCAAAGAUGGAGGAGUGCUUUGACGGACGCAGCCAAUCUAUCUGGCUUUGAUUCUGUUAUGCCUAAGAAAAUAGGGCUGACGUGGCUCCCAGUUAAGUGCAAAAGGUCAGACCUCAGGAAGAGUUUACUGACAUUCUGGCGCAACUACGUCGUGUGA